CAUAGAGGCUGCGGAUUUCUUUCAACUCCCAUCAAUUUAUUCCAAAUGUUUCAAGUUUCACGGGUUAUUUUCCAUAAUCGAGAGUUGGUGUGAGAGUGACAUUAUGGUUUAAGAUUCAGUGAAUCGAUUUUUAAAAUAAUUACUUUUAUGUGAGUGAAACAACAGCUUGUAAACCUGUUCUCGACCAAGGAACUGAAAUUGACACUUGACAGACAGAACAUCGAUGAUCGAACAUAAAACUGUGGUUACUCAUGAGGUGCCUUAGAAGUUAGAUCAUCGCAGAAAACAGACAUCUCCAGACCGAGUAGUCCACCUCUUCUUUGAACACUUUUGAAAAUGGUGACGAAAUUUGCGUCCCACAAAUUAAGAUGUUUGAGAUAUUUACCUACAGAAGCAGGAAGUUAAGAUGUAACAAGGACAAUGAACACUGUUACACGAACAGCUUAUGAUAAAGUGUCCCAGAAUGUGGGUGGUCGGAGUAUGGUGUUUGACUGUGAAGGUCCUGUCAAUGCCAUCACAACUAACAAAGAUUCCACCCUCGUAGUGGCAGCUGGAAGGACAGUGUUUCGGAUAUUAGCUAUAGAAGAUGGCCACUUCGAGGAGCGUUUGAACCUCAGGGUGGGGAAAGCCAAGAACUCCAACCUCAACUACUCGGCCGCUGAUGUCGCAUGGAAUCACCAAGAAGAAAACAUCCUUGCCUCCGCAGCAACAAACGGGUCGGGUUGUCAUCUGGGAUUUGAACAGGCCUUCUGUUUAAAACAAGAACAUGUUUUUGCGGAUCACAAGCGUUCCGUGAACAGGGUCAACUUUCACAGUGGAGAACACCAGCUUCUCAUCAGCGGAUCUCAAGACGGCAAUGUCAUCCUCUUCGUAUGGGAUAUUUCACGGAUGCCAGCCAAGCUGAUGUUUAACAUACAGACAAUUGCAUCAGUGGCCCGUGUAAAGUGGCGGCCACAACGACGCUACCACCUCGCCAGCUGCUCCCUGCUCCUCGACCACGAUGUGAAUAUCUGGAACCUCCACAGGCCGUACAUCCCCUUUGCCUCCUUCGAUGAGCAUAAGGACGUCACUACAGGAAUUGUGUGGCGUGAUGACAACCACUUCUUCUUGAGCUGCAGUAAGGACGGCCAUGUUAUACAACACAUGUUCAAGGAUGCUAAGCGGCCUGCAGACAAUGUGGUUCCCUCUGGGAUAGACAUCAACAUUACUGGGGAGAUCUCACAUGCUUACUAUGACAAGCCAGAUUCCAGUGCCAAGUCCGGACAGACCACACGCUUGUUCUUCCGCAAACAGCCAGACCGCAGUGAGCAAUUCACACAGAUCAGCAGUCACAUGUUCGUCUUCUCUUCUGAAGAGAGUCUCUCCAUGAGGUGGUUUGUUCAGGCAGCCCUGGGGUACCGUGUGACCGGAGGGUCCGUCACAGAACUCUGUGAAUGGAAUAUGAAGGUGGCCAGGUCCAUUGGGCUCAACAGUCAGGUGGCCCAGAUAUGGGGUUGUUGAAGAUGAUGUUCGCCGCUCACACAGA